AUGGGAGAAACACCCCUUGGGUUGGGAUGGUGUAUCUUGGUGGCGCACAGCUUAUCCUUCUCCUAUGGGCCCAUUGGGUGAUGGGCCCUUCUCCAUGGGUUCUUCUUCUUCUUCUUCUUAGGCCCAUUGGAUAGGCGAAUUGAACACCCGGCCUCCUCCGCACAAUCGUCUCCACCCAGCCAGAGCCGAAGAUACGGGGUAGGCCACGAUGUGGGACGUCGUCCGCUCCUUCACUUUCCCGCUGCCGCCGUCGCUGCUGGCCUCCGCCAUGCCGGCCAUCACCGCCACUUCCCAUGCCAUCGGCGGUUUCAACGAGACCCUCGGAAGCCACGUGAAAUACUCCAAAUUCUCAGAAACCGGCGAGCAGCUCGGCCCCAAGGUGCGCAGCAAGCUCAGCAUGGUGGCGGUUUACUCACCGUCUCUCGCGGCGGCGGUGGCGGCCCUCGCGCUCCCCGCCGUGAGGGAGGCGCCCGGCGCCGCACUGGUGGUGGCAAUGCUGGGCCUACACUUCUUCAAGAGACUCCUCGAGGUACAUCUUCCUCCUCAGAUUUCCAAGGUUUCCCAUUCACUCCUGAUCCCGACCUGUUCCCUCUUCUUCCGCAGAGCUUAUUCCUCCACCGGUACAGCGGAACCAUGGCCCUGGAAUCCGUCGCCACCAUCUCGUUCUGUUACCUCAUCAACACUUCGUUCAUCAUCUACACGCAGUACCUCACGCUGGGCACGGCACCGCCGCCGGUGGACCUGAAGCCCCCCGGCGCCGCCCUCUUCGCGGUGGGGAUCUGCGGCAACCUGUACCACCAUGUCCUCCUCUGCAGGCUCAGGAAGGAGGGGGAGGGCGGGUACAAGAUCCCCAGGGGAGGGCUCUUCGGGCUCGUGACUUGCCCUCACUACCUGUUCGAGAUCAUGGUGUUCGCCGGCAUCGCCUGCGCCUCCCAGACAGUCUACUCCUUCUGUGUCAUGGCGGGCACCGCCUUCUACCUCAUGGGCAGGAGCUGGGCAACCAGGAAGUGGUACCUCUCCAAGUUCGAGGACUACCCCAGAGAAGUCAAGGCCCUCAUUCCCUUCAUAUUCUAGACCACUGGAGUUCUAGGCCCUCUCCUCUCUCUCUCUCUCUCUCUCUCUCUCUCGCUCGCUCUGCCUGUCGAUAAAAGUGGCUCCUUUCCUCACCUGAGAACAUUGUUCAACAGAUAAGAACAAAUAUGACAAAUUUGUGAGCAUCUUUCCUCAAGUAGAACGUGAUACAGAAGAAAGAACACAGCAGAGUUCACAGCCCGCCUACAAAAAUGGAUCAAGAGGAGGGGAUCAUCGCAUGUUGCCCUCCCGGAGGACGUCGAUCAUGUCGUAGAUCUUCUUCUCCGCCUUCGCCUGGACCUGUAAUCAACCCAAUUCAUGAUCAAUUCACCCCUUAAUGAGCAGGAAAUGCUUGCAGAUCUUCUCUGAACAGGGCACCACCACCUUCUUGGCGAGGAAAAUCGCAGCAUCAAUGGCCCCUUCGGCAUAGAUUGAUCGCCCGCAGACGUUGUGCUGGAAUUCAAAGGACACCCUGA